AUGGCAACCGUUUCCAAUGAUCGAAUUCCCACCAAUCUCCUGAUUCUUGAUUCGAAGAACUAUGAUAAAUGGGUAAAACAAAUGAGGAUUUUGUUUGGUUAUCAAGAGGUGCUUGAGAUUGUCGUCAAUGGAGUUACACAAUUAGGGGCAGAGGCUACCGACAUUCAAAGAGCUACACACAAAGAAGAGAAGAAAAAGGAUUACAAAGCCCUAUUCUUGAUUCAUUCUUAUGUUGAUAACGACAAUUUCGAGAAGGUUGGCGAUUGUGAAUCGGCGAAGCAAGCAUGGGAAAUCUUGGAGAAAGCAUAUGUCGGUGCCGUCAAAGCGAAGGUGAGAGGCGCCGACAAAGCCAAAGCGGAGAUUGCUUUGCAAGCGCGUUUCAAUGAGAAGAAUAAGAGGUCGAAAGGAAAAUUUACGGCAAGAGGUAAAUCAAAUUUUCAGAAUUCUGGUUUAAAUGAUUCCUCCAAGGAUAGUGGUCAUAGCAAUGGUUUCAAGAAGCGUGAUGUGAGUAAGGUGCAAUGCUACAAGUGCAGAAAGUUUGGACACUUUGCAAAUUCGUGUCGUGGUAAAUCGAACGAGAAUCACAAUAAUGAAGCCAAGGUUGCUAGGGAAGAGGUAGUUGAUGAGGACACACUUCUAGUAAUGAUCACGGAGGGGACUUAUGGCAUUACGGAUGUUCCGGGCAACAGCUACAGCAGUGAAAGUUUGCGGGAUAGCAACUGUACUGUUUCGGAAAAUAGCGAGAAAAUGCAUUCGGAUCGAAAUGCGUUGGUUACCGUUCGUGAUGGAGUCCAAGGGAAAGAUGAGUGGUACUUGGAUUCCUGUUGUUCAACACAUAUGACGGGUCGAAAAGAUUGGUUUGUGCAAAUCAAUCAAGCGGCAAAAAGUAAAGUCAAAUUUGCCAAAGACACCACUUUAAGCGCCGAAGGGGUAUGA